AACAGAAAGGAAAUCAAAACCACCUGCCUGCCUCACCGCCCAGAAACUCAGCCUUUGGGACAGUAAGACGCUGAGAGGCUGUGGGCCUCCUCCAAUGCUCAGAUGCUGAGAAGGAAGCAUUAGGUGAUGCCAAAAUGGGCUUCCUGAGAAACACCACCUCUUCCUCAUCCCCAAAGGAGGUUUCUGCUCACUGGCCUCUCCCACUGUCUCAGGCAGGGUUCUGACGACCCUGCUGUCACACCCGCCAUCCCUUGGACGCAGACCCUUCUAGCCGAUUACAUCAAUGGGUUCCCGGGAGACACCUUCUUCUUGCUCUAAGACCCUUGAAACCUUGGACCUGGAGACUUCCGACAGCUCUAGCCCUGAUGCUGACAGUCCUCUGGAAGAGCAAUGGCUGAAAUCCUCCCCAGCCCUGAAGGAGGACAGUGUGGAUGUGGUACUGGAAGACUGCAAAGAGCCUCUGUCCCCCUCCUCGCCUCCGACAGGCAGAGAGAUGAUCAGGUACGAAGUCAAAGUGAACCGACGGAGCAUUGAAGACAUCUGCCUCUGCUGUGGAACUCUCCAGGUGUACACUCGGCACCCCUUGUUUGAGGGAGGGUUAUGUGCCCCAUGUAAGGAUAAGUUCCUGGAGUCCCUCUUCCUGUAUGAUGAUGAUGGACACCAGAGUUACUGCACCAUCUGCUGUUCCGGGGGUACCCUGUUCAUCUGUGAGAGCCCCGACUGUACCAGAUGCUACUGUUUCGAGUGUGUGGACAUCCUGGUGGGCCCCGGGACCUCAGAGAGGAUCAAUGCCAUGGCCUGCUGGGUUUGCUUCCUGUGCCUGCCCUUCUCACGGAGUGGACUGCUGCAGAGGCGCAAGAGGUGGCGGCACCAGCUGAAGGCCUUCCAUGAUCAAGAGGGAGCGGGCCCUAUGGAGAUAUACAAGACAGUGUCUGCAUGGAAGAGACAGCCAGUGCGGGUACUGAGCCUUUUUAGAAAUAUUGAUAAAGUACUAAAGAGUUUGGGCUUUUUGGAAAGCGGUUCUGGUUCUGGGGGAGGAACGCUGAAGUACGUGGAAGAUGUCACAAAUGUCGUGAGGAGAGACGUGGAGAAAUGGGGCCCCUUUGACCUGGUGUACGGCUCGACGCAGCCCCUAGGCAGCUCUUGUGAUCGCUGUCCCGGCUGGUACAUGUUCCAGUUCCACCGGAUCCUGCAGUAUGCGCUGCCUCGCCAGGAGAGUCAGCGGCCCUUCUUCUGGAUAUUCAUGGACAAUCUGCUGCUGACUGAGGAUGACCAAGAGACAACUACCCGCUUCCUUCAGACAGAGGCUGUGACCCUCCAGGAUGUCCGUGGCAGAGACUACCAGAAUGCUAUGCGGGUGUGGAGCAACAUUCCAGGGCUGAAGAGCAAGCAUGCGCCCCUGACCCCAAAGGAAGAAGAGUAUCUGCAAGCCCAAGUCAGAAGCAGGAGCAAGCUGGACGCCCCGAAAGUUGACCUCCUGGUGAAGAACUGCCUUCUCCCGCUGAGAGAGUACUUCAAGUAUUUUUCUCAAAACUCACUUCCUCUUUAGAAAUGAAUCACCAUAAGAUGAAAGUCUUUCCUAGAACCAGGGCAGAUUUCUUCCUAAGGUCUCUUCCCUCCACAGUUUUCUCUGGUUUGCUUUCAGGCCUUCGGGUUUCUCUCCUGUUUGAUUGCCAGGAUGCCUCUGUGCAGCUCACUUUGCGGGGUGGGAGGUGCCUACGGCUCUGCACAAGUUCCCGGUGGGAUAACCUGCCAUGUUUCUCUGAAACUGUGUGUACCUGUUGUGAAGUUUUUCAAAUAUAUCAUAGGAUUGUUACUGGUA